AUGCACAAAUUCACUUUGUAUGAGACGAAUGCUCGAUAUUGGAUCACCGGCUCAGAUAUCACGGACAAGUAUUACAAGCUUUUGAAGAUUGACCGCACCGCACCUCCAGGUCAACUAUCAGUUUUCGAGGAUGAAAUUGUGUAUAGCAAAAAGGAGGUUACACAACUUCUUACCACAAUCGAUGAUGGCAACAAGGCUACUGGAGGACUACGUGUCAAGUGUAGCUUCUGGGGCAUUCUGGGCUUUAUCAGAUUCACAGACUCCUACUACGUCUUGCUUAUCACCAAGCGACAGCAAGUUGCUAUGAUCGGCGGCCACUACAUCUACCAGGUCGAUGGUACUGAAUUGUUCCCGCUAACUGUCGGGGCUGGCUCUCGAUUUGCCCGCGAACGAAACGCUGAAGAAGGUCGUUUCUUGGGAAUCUUGAACAACCUCGACCUUACACGGUCAUUUUACUUCAGCUAUUCCUACGACAUCACGCGCACACUGCAGUACAAUAUCAUCCGACAGCGAAAUGCGCUCAACCAGGGCAUUCAGCAACCCGGUCAUGCUUACGACGACAUGUUCGUGUGGAACCAUCAUCUCCUGAGCCCGGCAGUGAAAUACCUGAAGAAUGCCUUCGACUGGUGUCUACCUAUCAUACAUGGUUUCAUCGACCAGUCAUCUCUGGACGUUUUUGGACGCACCAUUUACAUCACGAUAAUUGGGCGCCGAUCACGCUUUUUCGCUGGUGCACGCUUCCUCAAGCGUGGAGCCAAUGAUCUUGGAUAUGUGGCCAAUGACGUGGAAACCGAACAAAUUGUCUCAGAGAUGCUUACAACCUCGUUUCAUGCUCCCGGGCCUAAGAUGUUCUCGAAUCCAAACUACACCUCGUAUGUUCACCACAGAGGCAGUAUUCCCUUAUACUGGACGCAGGAUAAUAGUGGCGUCACUCCCAAGCCAGACAUAGACGUCAACAUGACAGAUCCGUUCUAUCAGCCGGCAGCUAUGCACUUUGACAAUCUGUUUAAACGCUAUGGGUGUCCGGUCUAUGUUCUGAACCUGAUCAAGUCUCGCGAGAGGACACCGCGAGAGUCCAAACUCCUUACAGAAUUUCAGAACGCUUUGGCAUAUCUCAACCAGUUCUUGCCUGACGACAAAAAAAUACAGUACAAGGCCUUCGACAUGAGUAGGGCUGCGAAGACAAGAGGUGGAGACGUUAUUGGUACCCUUGAGGUGAUUGCAGAGGAAAUUAUGCAACAGACCGGCUUCUUUCACAAUGGAGAGUCAGAAGACGGGUUAUCUCAAGUGCAGAAUGGCGUGGCUCGCACGAACUGUAUUGACUGUCUGGAUCGCACCAACGCAGCUCAGUUCGUCAUUGGUAAGCGUGCUCUAGGACACCAACUACGAGCACUAGGCGUGAUACCGACUGCAGAUAUGGAGUACGACUCCGAUGCGGUCAACGUCUUCACACAUAUGUUUCACGAUCACGGAGAUACCAUAGCCAUCCAAUAUGGCGGAUCUCACCUGGUCAACACCAUGGCCACGUACAGAAAGAUCAACCACUGGCAUAGUCAAUCAAGAGACAUGGUGGAAAGCUUCAAGCGCUAUUACCACAACUCGUUCCUCGACUCCCAACGGCAAGAGGCAUACAACUUAUUUCUUGGAAACUACAUAUGGGCACAGGGUCAACCCAUGCUUUGGGAUCUCUCUACGGACUACUACCUGCAUCAUACGGAUCCCAAAAAAUGGCUGGAUCGUCCUCGUAAAAGCUACAUACAUUGGUUCACGCCAGAGCACCUUGAGCGCCGAGUACUGCCGCCAAAGGCUCAGCGCAGUCAAAUUACAAGACAAAGCCAGCAUCCGGCAGAAUACGACGACUACUGGCUGGAGUACUACAGACCUCUUGCUGUGUCUUCGUUUGUCAAGGUCUAUUCUUACAAGAUGAACACGAACCAUCGAUUCCUGCCCGAACGGCCAAGCAAAGACACAAAGUACGAUUUCAGCCCUUUCACUCCUCGCAUCGACCUGAGUAGAAACUCGCCCGACUCGCCAGAGAAGAAACCUCCGCGUAAGGGUGUGAAGAUCUCGGUCAAGAUUGCAGAUAAGGCUGCGAUUACACAAAUGACUCUGAACCGUAUCUACGAACACUCUCUCAACCCUUCCGUCACGGCCGAAGAGACGAAUGAAUACGAACGUUACAUCACACAUCCGACCAAGAUUCCACUGGUCGUCUCGACCGAGCUACCACCAGAGACGACUCUCAACCUUGACUUUGUGGACUAUGUCAACAGUGGAAAAGCGAGCGUUGACUCUGGUGAUGAAGGCAGUAGUGGUGUACUGGAGCCCAGUGAAGAAGACUUGGCUGAGUUUGCCGAUUUUCUGACAGUCAGAGAAGAUCCAUUGACUGUUUGGGAAGAAGAUGGAGGGAAGAAGAGAUACAAAGCAUAUCGCCAAUGGCUCAAGGGCAAGAGUCUGUUCAAGCAAAGUAAGGUGGAUCCGGAGUACCGACCGUAA